AUGGAGGGAAUGACGAAGGAGGCUCUCAUCAUGCGCCUCGAGGAGAUGCGCGAGACCGUUCCACGCGGAUGGAGCAAAAGCCAAAUCAUUCAUCGCUUGGAGGAGGUGAGUCGGCGCAACGGCAUUCCCCUCCUAUCCAACAAGAAGGAAAAGACGCCGCUCAAGACCAAGGUGACCGAGCUCAACAAGGCGGCACGCAACAAGGCCACGUUGGUGAAGCUGCUACAGGAGGAGUACAUGAUGGAGAUCAACCCGCUGCACACCAUACGACAGCUGGUGAGUGCGGCCCUCGAUCAUAUCUACGAGCACACGGCGGUGUCGAAGGACGACCUGGUGGGGUUCGGACGCCAUCACGAUCUGACCUACCAGGCCACCCGCGACAGCUACCCUCAGUACUGCACGUGGGUGCGGCAGACCAGCCGCGAGGAAAAGGAAGUAUGCACGGCGUUAAGGAGGUUCGCUGUGUGGUUGGAACAGGAGGAGUCCAACCCCAUCCCCGAGAAUGUGGUGAAGACGAUCAAGACGACGGUUCAGGAGCCUCCCGAGGAGAUUCCCGUGAAGCCUGUGGCGAUGGCCAAGAGUCCAGCUCGCCGCUCAGUAGCGGCAUCCUCCGUGGGCAGUGUCACGUCGGUGAGGACGGAGGUCCUGGCCGAGCUCCUCGACACCGUCAAGGACCUCAAGGAGGAAGUGGCUGCACUCAAAGGCCCCUCGGAGGAGCGGCCUCGCAAGAAGGAGAGCCGCAGCGGAGCGUCCAGUCUCCAGGGAUACACGAUGGUGACGAAUCCGGGCGACAAGCAACA